ACGCGGCGGCUGGGUUUCUUACACCUCGAGCCGGCAGCAUGAAGUGGGCGGCGGUGGCAGCAGUUCUCCUCGUGGCCGCUGUGGCCGACGGCACAGAUCUCGCCCACAGACAGCAGGCAGUCAACCGCCUGCUGUACAGGAUCUACAGCCCUAUCCCUUCCAAGUUCGGUGAACUGAAGACGCUCUCUAGCUCUUUCGAACCAAGGGCCCAUACCAGCAACUGCAAUGAUGGCGGUAAUGCCGUGAACCACCUCAUGGACGAGUACGAGGCCGGUCGUCUCCUUAAACAGCACCACUGGUUCUCCCUCUUCAACACCCGCCAGCGGGAGGAGGCCCUCAUGCUGGUCGAUGUCCUUCUCAAUUGCGAGGACUUCGAUACCUUCGUGGGCAACGCUGCUUUCUUCCGUGAGCACAUGAACGAGGGUGAGUUUGUCUACGCCCUCUACGUGGCUGUCACUCACUCUGACGUCAUGCAGGAAGUUGUGCUGCCUCCACUUUACGAGGUCACACCUCACAUGUUCACUAACUCAGAGGUCAUCGACAAGGCAUACGCUGCCAAGAUGACACAGACCCCUGGUGACUUCAAAAUGACUUUCACUGGAUCCAAAAAGAAUAAGGAGCAGCGCGUCGCCUACUUCGGUGAAGAUAUUGGCAUGAACUCUCACCACGUUCACUGGCAUAUGGACUUCCCCUUCUGGUGGCAUGGAGAUGAGAUUGAUCGCAAGGGCGAGCUCUUCUUCUGGGCCCAUCACCAGCUUACUGUGAGGUUCGACGCCGAGCGUCUCUCCAACUACUUGCCUCUGGUUGACGAGCUCUACUGGGACCGUCCCAUCAAAGAAGGAUUUGCUCCCCACACAAACUACAAAUAUGGUGGAGAGUUCCCCACACGUCCCGACAACAAGAACUUUGAGGAUGUUGAUGAUGUGGCUCGCAUCAGAGAUAUGAAGGAAAUGGAAAGUCGCAUCCGCGAUGCCAUUGCUCACGGCUAUGUCGACAAAGUUGAUGGCUCUCACAUCGACAUUGACAACGACCAUGGUAUUGAUGUACUGGGUGCUGCCAUUGAAUCCUCUACAUCCAGCGCCAACCCUGCCUACUACGGCGCCCUCCACAACCAGGCUCAUCGCGUGCUCGGCGCCCAGGCCGACCCACAUGGCAAGUUCAACACGCCACCUGGCGUGAUGGAACAUUUCGAGACCGCUACACGCGAUCCCUCCUUCUUCCGUCUCCACAAGUACAUGGACAACAUUUUCAAGGAACACAAGGACAAGCUGCCACCUUACACCGCCGACGAACUUAAGUAUGACAAUGUCGAAGUCACAGAUGUUGCUAUCGACGAGCUAUCCACCUUCUUUGAAGACUUUGUGUUUGACUUGGGGAACGCUCUCGACACCACAGACAAUGUAGAUGAUGUAGAUGUCCAUGCCCUUAUUCCCCGCCUUAACCACAAGCCUUUCCACUACAAUAUCCAUUACCACGCCGACCACGACGAGAAGGUCAGCAUUCGUGUCUACCUCACCCCUGUUAGAGACGAAAAUGAUAUCAAGAUGAACAUUGAUGAGAACCGCUGGCAUGCUAUCUUGGUAGACAACUUCUGGGCUGAAGUCAAGGCUGGAACGCACAACAUUCGCCGCAGUAGCUUCGACUCUUCUGUGACUAUCCCAGAUCGCAUUUCCUUCGAGGAACUCAUGAGGAAGACUGACGAGGCUGUGAAUGAUGGUCUUGUGCUGGCACUGAACAGUGGCAGGUCCUGUGGUCAUCCCCACAAUCUGUUGCUGCCCAAGGGUAACAAGGAGGGUGUCGAAUUCUGGUUGAAUGUGCACGUCACUAGUGGUGAUGAUGCAGCACAUAGUGACCUUCACUCAAAUGACUAUGAUAGCAACCAUGGAUACUGUGGCAUUCAAGGCAAGGAGUACCCUGACAAGCGUCCCAUGGGCUAUCCCUUCGACAGGCGCAUUCCAGACAUCCGCGUCGUGAAGGAACUACCCAAUUUCUUUGGCAAGGUUGUUCGUAUCUAUCACAAGGAGGAUCACUAAAUGUUGCUAACACCUACUACCUCUUGCCACAUUUAGGAUGACACCUGGCAAAGUUAAAAAUCCUACUCAUACAGAAGCUAGUCUCAACAUGUACCCCUUUUUCUCUCAUGUCUUCAUUAUCUGACCAAUAAAUGCUCCUCUUUCUUCCACUCAA